GCUCUAACCUGCGCAGGUUGUGGUGACAAGCGGACAGGUUUCUGUUACACAAAUAGCCGCUGUGUUUUUUUUUCUUACCCCCCUGCUAUGUUUCUCCUCACUAGAUACACUUCGUCCUGCUCCUCUUUUAAUGUUUACACUCACCUGUGAUGAAGUUAGAGCCGCUCCCGGGGAAAACCUCCACUUGGGGACAGAUCGGGAUUUUUAGUUUGGAAACCCCGCAGAGGAGCUGAGGAAGAGGGAGAACAGCUCUGGGAUCUGUCCGCCUGCUCCGGACCUGGUUCUGGACUUGAAGCAGGCGCACAUUAUGAAAGUUUGACGCGAUAUUUACAACAGCCUAGAAAGGGGGACGAAGUGCUGCUGCUGUCCGGGCUACAGAUGGAGUCGACCAGGACCCUGACUGAGCUUCUGCUGCUUCUUAUCGCGGCGUGCGUUCGGGGGGCCUUUGUGGAGCCUCUUCAGCCCAGCACCGAGCUUCUCUCCUACACCGACACUCAGACCAGACUCCCCUGCCAUUACAAGACGGCGGAGGGGGAAAGUGUGGUGCAGGUCACCUGGAACAAGGAGCUCCCAGAUGGCACCAAGGAGCCAAUCAUCAUGAACCACUUCAGCGAGGGCCUUAGAGGGUUUGGCCGUUACGCCGACCGGGUGAAGUUCGAGAGCUUCGCCCCGACUACUGAGAGCUCGGCUCUGCUCCUCCCCAACACGCAGGAGUCUGACGAAGGCGUCUACAGUUGUCACAUCUCCACCUUCCCCAGCGGAAACUUCGAAAGGCGCAUCAAGCUUACUGUCUGGACUUUACCCAUCUCCUCCCUGGACCCUGUGAUGAUGGUGGAAGGCGAUCCGUUCGGCGAGGUCGCCUCCUGUCGGGCCGUGGGCAAACCUGUCCCCUGGCUCACCUGGGACACCGACCUGCCCGGCCGCACCCAGAACCGCACCGCCGAAAGUGGGGCCGUGUCCAGCCGCUACUUUCUCCACCCGCUGCGCAGCAUGAACGGAAAGAAGCUGGACUGCCUGGUGUGGCAUCCGGGCUUGGAGAAGCCCCGCCGGAUCUCUAACCGCCUGGUGGUCCAAUACCCCCCAGAUCCCAUCAUCUCCAGUCCAACCAGCCACUGGUAUGUCGGCUUGGAGAACGCAGAGCUGCUGUGCGAAGGCAGGGGCAACCCCGAACCUCAGAGCGUCAUCUGGAAACGGAAAGGAGGAGUUCUGCCGGACGGGGUUGCUGUUGUUGGAGAUAAACUCUUAUUCGGACGGGCCGUCCAGCUCAAUGACAGCGGGACCUAUGAGUGCACGGUCAAGAACACUGUGGGGUCUGAAAAAACAUACUAUACGUUGGCAAUAUCAGAGAAAUCUCAUGUUCCACUUAAGGACAACCUGCUGCUGAUCAUCAUCGGUACAUCAGCCGGGGUUCUGGUUCUGGUGCUGGUCAUUGUGUUCCUGGUCGUCAGACGGCGCAAUCGAAGAGCAACCAAAAGGCUGGAGACGGAGCUCCGACGGACAAGGGAUCAAAUGGAUUCACUCUCGAGACAAGCUUCCUUCAGGAGACUGAACUCUUACAGCUCAGUUUCCCGAAUGCAGUCUGAGGAUUACGCCAUCGACAGCCGCGCUAAAUACAGCCAAAUGUCUCUGGAUAGAGUCAAGAGCAGCCAAACCUCCCUGGGUGGGAAGUGGGGGCCAGAAACGGUGCGCAAGGAUGAAUUUGGGCGUCCCGUCGUCUGGAGCGAAGACGGAGAGAGCGUGAGAAGCGCUGAGAUGGGCAGAGAGAAGCAGGAGCUCAGGAAAAAGGCGGAGUCAUUCAAGAAGAACAGCAACAUGUCGCUGGACUCCGGUCUUCCUUCAUCCCUGGUUCCCCUGAAGGUCCAGCCGGACGAUGGCAACAGGCACAAAGAGCCUGACCUGGGCCACCUGCUGGAAGGCGACAUCCCAUCAAGUGGCGACUCCCCACCGGGCGACGACUCCAUCUUGGAAUCCUCCACGACGGAGGGAUACGAGGAAGAAGAUGUGAACGGUUCCGAACAGCUUUCGAAGACUCUCGGCAAAAUGUUUUACACCAGAAAUGGGUACCUCCGACCCAUUGAGAAUCGCAACGUCAUUUUUCUCCCCAACAAUGUUUACAAACCACAAGUUGUCUAAACCUCAGACUCUCUCAUAUUUUGGAAACGAGGACAGCCUGUCUGCAGUUCUCUACUGGCGGAGACUUUUGUUUUGAAAGGAUUAAGUAUUUAAAAUGUAUAAAGGACAGUUUUAUUUGUGCUUUCAAACCCCUGAACCUCGAAUCUUGCUUUAUAAUCACGGGAACCUUUUUUUUUAAUAUUCUGGGAUAUUUUUUUACGCUUUUUUCUUAAAAGAGUUGGCUUUCAAAGAAAACAUGGAAGGGAAAUGAGGAUUCUUGCUUGAGAACAUCAACGCUUCUCAUUCUGCACUUGGAAAUAUUUUUCAUAUAAAUUUCUGAAGGAAGAACCAGGAAGGGAUUGCCACUCAAGAAAUUGAUAACCAACUGGACCUCUCUGCACCGUCGAAAACACAAGUUUUUCUCACCUGCUCCAACCUCAGAACCAAAACUGUGUAUAAAAAGACACAUAAAAUCUGUGUAUGUGCACCUCUGAUCGUUUGCAUCUCAUUAAAUCAGACACACACAGUAUUGUAAAACCUGUAUAGGUGAACAUGUUACAGUUUUUUGGUGCCCAGAGCACCAUUCUGUCAUGGGGCAGCACCGACAUUCGAGAGAGGCGGAGGGAAAAGAAAACCUGUCAGUCGCACCUCCAACAAGGUUUCUAUUGCUUAUUUACACAUUUAGUAAAUGGUUAUUAUAGGCAACCCCCCCUCGUGUUGCACAAUGAAGGCCCUGCUGCAAAAAUGGCCGUGCACUGCAAGUUGUCGAUUAAACGGCUAAAGCUUAAAGGGUAUUUAAUUAUUUAUCAAGGAAUCUGGAACAUGUUAGAUCAGGGGUGUCCAAACGUUUCAUCACAUCACACAAACUCUUGAGUCAAAAGUACAUGAGGGUCAAAAAAAAAAGAAAAAGAAAAUACAAUUAAAAAAAACAACUAAAAUCACCAAUUUUUUUUUUUUAUCUGCUCCACAAAAUACAGUUUAGUCGGAUUUUCUUAAGGCAAAAGUGUGUGUAAACCAUUGUAGAUCCAAAAUAAAUAAAUAAAAUGGUUUUGGACAUUUGUCUUAUUUAAAAGACGGUCGUCCAGUUUGGAAAUUUGUUUUGGACACCCCUGCGUUUACACUGCUCACACUUAAACUGGAUUAUUCUACACAGAUUAAAGAACACUGUUUUAAUUUAAAGUAACACUACUUUCCCUGUGAAAAUACAAAAAAAGAAAAUUGAGUAUUUCUCAUGCUUUGUUUUGUAAAACAUCAGGAUAUCGGUGGGAUGAUUAGAAACAUCCGAUUUUCCAACCAGCCAGUCACUGGUCAGGGCCGAUCGAACGGAAGAUUAAUAAGCACUUAAAAAAAGCUAUUACAUUUGGCAACUGUUUAUUCUGUUUUUGGAAAUCUGUGUUAAAAAAAUAUUAAGAAAAAUAAGAAAAAUAUUAACUAGUAUGGAUGAAAUAACUGUAAUAAUAAAUGUGUUAUAUAUUUUAGCAUAAAAUUUUAAACUACAUUUGUGUAAAAACAGAGAUGCAAUAUUCCCAAGCCUAUGCAGCAGUUUACAGCAGUUACUCUUACGUUAGCCUUUUUUUGUGUAUAUAUUUUGCUAAAUUUAUUUGUGCUGUUUUUUUUUUUUUCUACGGGUCAAACAGUUUUUGCAGCUCUAGACAAACUUCACUCAUGAAAAUGUCUAAUUUUCCCCUGCAGAAUAAAAGCAGUGUUACUCACUGUACCAUCAGUGGUCAUAAUGUAAUCGCUCAUGUUUCUAUAUGUGAAACACCAACAGCUACCUACAGGAACCAAAGAGGUAAAAAAAA